AGGUAGCCUUGUAUGGUUCAGGAGUCAUUCUGACUCGAAUCGUGCUGGGGCCUCGUUCCCAGCACUGCCCUUGCGAAUCGCAGGGGCCAGGAGUAAUUCCCUGGCCACGGACUGGGGAGAAGACUCCUCAGGGCCCUCUUUGUGAUUCUCCCCGGAGAAGACUCCAGUGCCUGGCUGUGGGCUGCCUCUCAUGGGCCACUAAGCUUAGCUUCUGGCUCCACCCCCUUCCCAUACAUCAGACAAAAAACAGUGACUCCCAGAAAUCUAUCUGAACUGCAGACAUGUGGUCUUCCCCGCCCCACUGCGGCUGCUGCACUUCAGGUGGCCAGCAUUCUGGAACAGACUCCUCCCAGCAUCCUGGCCUCCGGAAGGACCUCUUUAUUUUCCUGGGUUCCAAGUCAGCCUCCCCCAGGUGGCCUCUCUCCGGCUUCUCAAACCUACUUUGCAGUGCAGCUCCUGGCUCUGGGGUAUUGCCCGGUGGUGAGCUGAGAUGGCUCAAGCCUGACACUCCAUGACCCAGGAUCCCAUCGGACGGACACAGGCUGCUGCUGUGGAUGAUUUAAAACCGCGAGGUGGUUGGGCCGCAAGACGAGGCAUUCCCUCUGCCUGGAUGUGUGGGAAUUCCCUGCCAACUUGAUUGGCUGAUCUGGGGGGGAUCCACCCCCACCCCAGGAGGAAAGCACUGUCUGCUCUGUGGGUGAAGCUUCGGGUGCCAGCCAGCUGAAGGAUGGCCACCCCUGUGGUGACCAAGACCGCCUGGAAGUUGCAGGAGAUCGUCGCCCAUGCCAGCAAUGUGUCCUCACUGGUGCUGGGGAAGGCCUCCGGGAGACUGCUGGCCACGGGCGGGGAUGACUGUCGCGUCAACCUGUGGUCCAUCAACAAGCCCAACUGCAUCAUGAGCCUGACGGGUCACACGUCGCCAGUGGAGAGCGUCCGCCUCAACACCCCCGAGGAGCUCAUCGUGGCGGGCUCCCAGUCGGGCUCCAUCCGCGUCUGGGACCUGGAAGCUGCCAAAAUUCUUCGCACGCUCAUGGGACACAAAGCCAACAUCUGCAGCCUGGAUUUCCACCCCUACGGCGAGUUUGUAGCGUCGGGUUCCCAGGACACGAACAUCAAGCUCUGGGACAUCCGGAGGAAAGGCUGCGUCUUCCGAUACAGGGGGCACAGCCAGGCCGUGCGGUGUCUCCGGUUCAGCCCCGACGGGAAGUGGUUGGCAUCAGCUGCAGACGACCACAUGGUGAAGCUCUGGGAUCUGACUGCUGGCAAGAUGAUGUCCGAGUUCCCCGGCCACACGGGCCCUGUCAACGUGGUGGAGUUUCACCCCAACGAGUACCUCCUGGCUUCUGGCAGUUCCGACAGGACCAUCCGUUUCUGGGAUCUGGAGAAAUUCCAGAUGGUGAGCUGCAUCGAAGGGGAGCCAGGGCCCGUCAGGAGCGUCCUCUUCAACCCCGACGGCUGCUGCCUGUACAGCGGCUGCCAGGACUCGCUACGCGUCUACGGCUGGGAGCCCGAGCGCUGCUUCGACGUGGUCCUCGUCAACUGGGGCAAAGUGGCCGACCUGGCCAUCUGCAAUGACCAGCUGAUAGGCGUGGCCUUCUCCCAGAGCAACGUGUCGUCUUACGUGGUGGACCUGACGCGGGUCACCAGGACAGGCACGGUGGCCCAGGACCCCGUGCAGGACAGCCAGCCCCCGGCACAGCAGCCGCCCCAGACCAGCGCCCCGCUUCGGCGCAUAUACGAGCGGCCCACCACCACCUGCAGCAAGCCGCAGAGGGUGAAGCAGAACUCGGAGAGUGAGCGCCGCAGCCCCAGCAGCGAGGAUGACCGGGACGAGCGGGAGUCCCGGGCAGAGAUCCAGAACACCGAGGACUACAACGAGAUCUUCCAGCCCAAGAACAGCAUCAGCCGCACGCCACCCCGAAGGACUGAGCCUUUCCCAGCACCCCCAGAAGAUGACGUGGCCAUAGCCAAGGAGGCAGCCAAGGCCGCGGCCACAGCCAAGGAGGCAGCCAAGGCCAGCCCCGCUGUGGACACGCAGUUCCCGGUGCCAAACCUCGAAGUCCCGCCCCGGCCCCCCGUCGUCACCUCCGCCCCCGCCCCCAAGGCCGAGCCUGCCAUCAUCCCUGCCACCCGAAACGAGCCCAUCGGGCUGAAGGUGUCCGACUUCCUGCCCGCCGUGAAGAGCCCCCAGCAGGCGGAACUGGUCGAUGAGGACGCCAUGUCGCAGAUCCGCAAGGGACACGACACCAUGUGUGUCGUCCUCACCAGCCGCCACAAGAACCUGGACACCGUGCGGGCCGUGUGGACCACGGGGGACAUCAAGACGUCGGUGGACUCGGCCGUGGCCAUCAAUGACCUGUCGGUGGUGGUGGACCUCCUUAACAUCGUCAACCAGAAAGCCUCCCUGUGGAAGCUGGACCUGUGCACCACCGUCCUGCCGCAGAUCGAGAAGCUUCUGCAGAGCAAGUAUGAGAGCUACGUCCAGACGGGCUGCACCUCUCUGAAGCUGAUCCUGCAGCGCUUUCUGCCCCUGAUCACAGACAUCCUGGCCGCCCCGCCCUCCGUGGGGGUGGACAUCAGCCGGGAGGAGAGGCUGCACAAGUGCCGGCUCUGCUACAAGCAGCUCAAGAGCAUCAGCGGCCUGGUCAGGAGCAAGUCGGGCCUGAGCGGCCGCCACGGCAGUGCCUUCCGCGAGCUGCACCUGCUCAUGGCCAGUCUGGACUGAGGA